AUGGGAUACGAGAUGCGCGGCGCUAAGCUGGAGGGGUCGUCGCACUUUCGCCGUUUCGUCAACACAGCCUCGUCAAUCCAUGAUUACAGCCUUUCGUCUCGCGAUAUCGUGCUCAUCAUCCUUGACGCUUUCGCAGACGUCCCUUGUGGCUGUGGCCUUUGUGAAUCUCGCCAGGGUCUAAGGGUCGACGUCCUCAACCCUCAUGAAUAA